AUGUCUGAAACUAGAUCGCCAACAUGGGCAAGCUCAGCUUUACUUCACGAUAUGAAGAGACAGAGUGAAGUUGAAGUCUUGGGAGAACAGCGUAGUAUCCCGGGAAACCAUGGAACCAAGACAAGAACAACAAAUUGCGAUAAGAGCCUUACAGAAUCACGGACUAAGACUAGCAUACCGCUACCGGAUGUCUCUCACCCUACCACCCGAAAAACAGCUGAAGAGGCGCCCUUGAAGUUUUAUGAAGUAGCUUGGGUACCGGGGGAGCUUGAGGAUCCUCAUAACCGUAGUUUGGCUUCAAAAAGGAUAAUAACUGUUGUUUGUUGUACUGUGGCUUUUGACGUGUUAGAAAAUUCCUCUCGCCUUCAUCGAUGCUGA